AUGAGUGCCUGCUACCGCCGCAGCCUGAUUCCGGCGAUCGUUGUGCUCAUAUGCCUCAUGGCGUACACAGCCACCGCUCAACGCCAACAGCAACACGUGUCGAUCGGCGAGCAAAUGCCACCGCUUACCGCAUACAAACGCUUCUACUCGUGGGAAGACGCCAAGAGAGCCGCUUCUUUGGAAUCCGAAGAGAUGCGCACCAAGAGAAAACAGUUCUACGCAUGGGCUGGCAAACGAUCAGUGCAUUCACAGCAGCCUGAUGAACUCGAUCAUGUCAUGGACAAGAGAAAACAAUUCUACGCGUGGGCGGGAAAGUAG